UUUAGUUUGGCAUUGUUACAAAAUUUCACUUGUAAGCCUAUUAGAUAAUCCAAUGAAAUGAACAAUCCAUGGCGGGAAAUCGGCUUCAUCAGCAGGCCGAAGAAACAUUUAAAAGUCAUUCGGAUCAAGAAACGCAUCGCAAGGCGCAGGAAAAUCUUUAAGCAGAGACAAAAGGACUUGAUACAGCUUCAUUUAAGGAAUCGUAUCAAGUAUUUAAUUAUCGAACAUCUGGAGUACAUGUUGGCAGAUAUUAAAACCAAGAAGAAAACACAGAUAAGCUUAAAGGAGAAUAAAACCAAAUGAUGAGGCGUCGAAUUUUUAAGGCUAAAGCAUUUUUUGACCAUUCAAAGACAGUGAAAAAAUUAGCUAAUUUAAAUAAUGGUUUCAGAAUUACCCAAUUACCAAUAGAUGGAUAAUCUAGAAAUUACCGCCUCUGCUUUUUCCACAAAUAUUUCACACUAAAUUAGACAAUUUUCAAAUCAAAGCCAAGCCAAAGCCAUAGAUGAACGGCAAAUCAAUUUCCUUUGUUUGCCACUCCAUUCAGAUUACGAAAAUUUGAAAUAAACUUUUGUUGGCCAGCGACCACAAAAUCAUUUUCAAACUGAGCUCAAUAAAAAUCAAAGCCACUGAAAAACCAUCGCAUUGGAUGCUCGGCAUCCAAGCCAAAUGGAAAGUUUCACAGCAUUAAUAAAUAUUUACAGGCACGUCGCGUCCCGGCCUCUUCAAUGGAAUGGCCUACUGGGCAGUUCCAGUCUCAGUUCUCAGUUCUCAGUUCUGGCAAUGAAAUCAAAUCAAAUAUGCGCGCUGACGCUUUAUAUAUCGCACCGAGGAGGAAGCAGGAGCAUCGUUCGCUUUGGUGUGCUCACAAGAAUUUAAAUCAUCCGACUUACAUGCUACUUACAAGCCAAAGCGCCUAUAUGUAUGCCCCAUAAAAUGCGAGCAAGCCCGAGUGCAGAAUGGGCAAGUGGAAAAAUGUCAGACAAAACACUGAAAAACAAUACAAGGAAUUCUAAUAUUAAGUUCUGAAAAAGAAACCAGGUUCUUUAAGGUGAAAUAAUUAUAUCAGAAUUUUGAAACAAUAUUCGCUGAAUGGGAUUUUAAAUAACUGGUGUAACUAUUCCAACU